AAUAAUAGUCUUAUAAUCCUGACCAAUCAAUUCCGUUUGAAACAGCUUGUAAUGCAAGAUUAACAGUUAUGGCAGUUUGGAUGCGAAAUGCGCUGGAAAAUUAAUUGUAAAUUGACAAUAAAAGAGCCAAUUUUUGAAUAAAAGAUGAAAUGAUUACAUGAAUAAUUAAUCCAAUACAAUCUUUGAUCUGAAUUUGAUAACCUCUAAACAUCGGGCUCAAGGUUUAAACGUUAAAGCGACACAAAUAUUAAUAAUAAAACAAAGACAACUUUCAUUAAUCAAAUUGAUUGUUUGUCUUGCUCUAGAAACUCAUAAUGCAAAUUAACGUUUCACACUUGCACAGUCAUAAAUAGUAAUUGGCAUAUCGUUGACAAUCUAACCAUUAAUUUGAUUACGGUUGAUUUACUGAUGAAUUCAUUACCAAAGAUUGUAAAAAACUCAGUCUUGACCAAUUCAAGACCAACAACUGUAAUUGUAACAGUAAGUGUAUUUACUUGUUUAACGGUGUAAAGGCUCAAUGAUCAAUUGAGUUAAGCUUUUUUGUAACAAAAAAAACAGAUAUCAUAAUAAAUAUGUUUUCAAUUGUUUAUCACGCAACUGAAUAAGUGAAACAAUCAAAAAAUUGGCAACAAUAACACAAAAAAGCGCAUUUAAAUGGUGCGUGUUUCCUGACCAACCUUCAAAAGGUGGUUACAACGAAAAAUAGGUUUUCACUUUUGUCAAACAGUGAGUUUAUAAUGGACAAAAAAGUGGCAGAUUAAUUUUUGUUUUAUAAUCAAAUUGAGUCGCAAUUGAGAUCAGUGCAAAAAGUUGACGAAUUGUGUUCAAGCCAAGAAAUUAAAAUUUUUUGUCACAACCGUUUUUUGCAUCCAUUUUGUCGAAGUGUGUUGAAGUAAUCGAUUCAAUUGUGUGCCUUUUUUGCGUUUAACUGGAUAUCUUUUGUUUUGUAAUCAGCUUGAUUAGUUAAUUUGAAAUACUUGAGUCUUGUGGAAUUGUUUCAUCAUUAAACUGUAAAUAUAUCGUUAAACAACCACAAACUCCAGCUAACUUGAUUGAGUCCAUAAAAUCUGAUCCGCAGGUUCACUUUGGGUUAGUCAAUUUGAACCAGAAUUUAGAUUUAACAGGUUAACUGUGACACCAAUUUUAAAUAGUCUUGAGCAUUUCAACUUGUUAGAUGACAAUUCCUCCCUUCAACAGUGAAAGUAAAUCCUUUUCCAGUUCAACAAUGGAUUACCAUAAUCACCCUUCAGAGACUCAAUCAACCAUUGGAUUAACAGCUGAAACUUCAUACCAGGCCUAUCAAACUCAGCAAACAUUGAAAAUGGUAAAAAUGGUUGCCUAUGCAAUGAUUGGAAUGACCAUGAUUCUUGGAAGUUUCAUCCUUCUUUCAGCUUAUGUACAGACAGGAGCUCGUUGUAAUUGCAGAGGAUAUCAAGGCUCUGAAUCUCGAGAUAGUCCUUACUAUGAACCUUUAACUGGACUUCCAAGUGAAGAUGGAGAGGCAAAACGUUUACCCAUUCGUAUCCAAAUGGAUGGUGAAGCAGGAGAGCUGAUGAAAGCUGGGAAAAAAGGUCGAAUCAAUUGUGAGGUUGAAAGAAGAGUUGCUACUCAAAUCAUCGCCUCGGAACCUAAAAUGCUUAUCACACCAUAUGGAAAUAUGACUACAGAUCCAAGAUUGAUUCAUAUGACUGGCGAGAAGAUGUUUUUUUCAUGCAGUUCAAGGAAUCCCAGUAAAUCAAAGAAAUCCAAACAAUCAAUUAAGACGAUUUUGAAAUUGGACAAACCCAUCGAGGACAAACCCAUGGAGGAUGACGCUGGUAAGAUCAGUGAAAUUACUACUGUCAACAGAACCAAGCGUGAAGCUGAGCAACCAAAGAUUACCAAGCCUCACAAAGAAUGUUCAUGUGAUUGUUCUUGCUAAAUUGCAUGAAAUGUACUCGAAUGAAAAUACAUUUACAUAAUUUGGAUUAUUUUUUUACAAUCAACACUUUUUCCUCCAAAUAAAGUGUUUAGUAUCCACGUUA